AUGCAUGUUCUGUCUGUUCUGUCAGCAUUCUGUCAGCACAACAAAUCUGAGCUCGGAGCAAGCACAGCCGUACAUAUAUAUAUGGCUGACUAUAGACUACCUGAUCUUGGAAAGAACAUAUUGCUUUCCCAAGUGAAUAGCAGAAAUACCAGUGCAAUCAGUUGUGACAACAAACGUAAUGGUAUCAACUGUCAACGACGCCAGGACAGUGGAAAUGGUAGCAUUAUGAAAGGACAUUCUAUCAAUCAAAUAGAUCAGUUAUCAAAUGGUGGGGAACGAAAACGGGGAAUUCGCCACGAUGAUAGCCUUUCUCCACUGCUGUUCGUGUCAUGUAUGGACCCGUUGAGCCAUAAGCUCAAUAGCAGAUACCCAAAGAUGGCGGUUUCCACUGAUCAAGGAAUGCAUCCAACGAACCAUUUAUUAUUUGUGGAUGAUCUCAAGCUUCUUGCUACCAACGAGAAUAUCAUGAAAGCUAUGGCCGAAGAGGUUCGAGAAAGAAGGUAA